UGUGUUCUUGGAUCAGUUCUGAGAUACAUUCUGUGGCCUUCCUUGUCACUUUACAAAAUUGUGUGUUAAUGAUUAUUCUGAGGGCAGCUGCUACAAAAGACAAGACAAUAUACAAUUCAAACUACUACCUGUGUGAAUUGCUCAUGUUUGUCUAGUAUCAGGCUUAGUGAGAGUUGGACUGGACCCAAAGUACAAACUUGGUACAAAUUCUACUCUGCACAAGUCUACUGAAGUCAGUGGAAUUGCAAGUUAUAGCAAAGCAAAAUUUGGGCCACUGUUUCUAGACAGAUGUCAUUUAGUGUGUUCCUUUGGCACAGUUAUUCUCAUGUCAGUGAUUCAGUGAAUAUCACUUCCCUGUUUAGCUGUGUAGAUGGUUUGUUGUUGCAAUAUGUUUCUUUAGCCUUGGUAAUCUUAUUGCACAAUGCUGUGUUUUCCCAGAUAAUUUCACAGAGAAUUGUUGCCAAAGUAAACUAAGAAGAAAGCUGGACUUUGCCACCUGUCUUCUUUUCUCCUUUAUCCUUCAGAAACUUGCUCUGUUUUCCAUUUACCACUGAGCUUCAGCAAUGAUCAUGUUCCAGCCUUACAUAUAUGCUACGGUUUUUAUACUCUCAAUCCUUCAGGUCUUUGCCUUGGACAGCUACAUUGCAGCCGUGUAUGAGCACGCUGUUAUAUUGCCAGAAGUCACUGGGAGUCCUGUUUCAUCUGAGGAUGCUUUGACACUAAUGAACAAAAAUUUGGAUGUUUUGGAAGGGGCCAUCAAAGCAGCAGCCCAACAGGGUGCACACAUCAUUGUGACUCCUGAAGAUGGCAUUUACGGCUGGGUCUUCAAAAGAGACACCAUUUUCCCCUAUCUUGAAGACAUCCCAGAUCCACAGGUGAACUGGAUUCCAUGCACUGACCCUGAAAGAUUUGCUCCGGCGGCAGUGCAGGAAAGGCUCAGCUGCAUGGCAAGAAACAACUCUAUCUAUGUGGUUGCCAAUAUUGGAGACAAGAAGCCAUGUAAUUGCAGUGAUCCCAAGUGCCCCAGCAAUGGACACUACCAAUACAAUACUAAUGUUGUCUUUGACUCAGAAGGGAAAUUGGUGGCACGCUACCAUAAGUAUAAUCUCUUUAUGUCAGAAACUCAGUUUGAUUCGCCCAAGGAGCCAGAGAUUGUCACUUUCAACACAUCCUUUGGAAAGUUUGGCAUUUUCACUUGCUUUGACAUACUUUUUCAUGACCCAGCUGUGACUCUGGUGAGCAAAUUACAUGUGGAUACUGUGCUGUUUCCCACUGCUUGGAUGAAUGUCCUACCACAUUUGACUGCUAUUGAAUUCCACUCUGCCUGGGCUAUGGGGAUGGGUGUCAAUUUCCUUGCGGCUGAUACACACAACACCAGCCUGGCUAUGACAGGGAGUGGUAUCUAUGCACCUGAAGGACCCAGGGCAUAUCAUUACAAUAUGGAAACAGAGAACGGUCACCUCUUGGUUGCGGAACUGCGUUCACAACCUCGUCUUUCUCCCACCUACCCUUCUACUGUUAACUGGAGCGCGUAUGCCACAAGUGUCAAACGAUUCUCACCAGAUGACCGUAAUUUCAGUGGAGUCAUUUUCUUUGAUAACUUCACCUUCACUGAACUCACUAAGCCUGAAGGAAAUCAUACAGUUUGCCAGAAAGAUCUUUGCUGUCAUUUGAGCUACAGGAUGGUGGAGAAGCAAGAAGAUGAAGUUUAUGUGCUGGGUGCUUUUGAUGGCCUUCAUGUUGUUGAAGGAGAAUACUAUUUACAGAUAUGCACGCUACUGAAGUGUAAAAGCACAGACUUGAAAACCUGUGGGGAGCCAGUGGCUACUGCUCACACCAGGUUUGAAGCAUUCUCUCUCAGUGGUACAUUUGGCACUAGUUACGUCUUCCCAGAAGUCUUGCUCAGUGAGGUUCAGCUGGCGCCUGGCGAAUUUCAGGUAUUAAGUGAUGGACGUUUGAUCAGUCAGAAUGGUACAUCUAAACCAAUUUUAACAGUGACGCUUUUUGGGAGGUGGUAUGAGAAGGACCCACCAUAACCACACUAGAUAUUGUUAUUUCAGAAUAACAUCUGAAACAUCAUCCACCUAAACAAUAACCGAUGUGUUGUUUCCUGUUAUAAUUGUGCUUUGUUUAGUAAAUAUACAGCAGCCUAUUUCAUUAUUAUCGCAUAUUGAGAAAUAAAUCAACUGUGACUACUA